ACGUAUUGCGGGGAGUGUGGGUUAAUUCCUAUCCCAGACCUAAUAAAAUUAUUACAGUUGCAUGGCUUAGAAAGUGUUAUCACAGAAUAUAAUCAAUUUUAGAAACUACUGAAGUGAUUUCCUGUGGACAUAUAUUCAGUAGUCAUCACAAACUACUGUGCCAGUUGAGAGAAGAUUCUUCUGCCAAGAAGAACAUAAAUAGCCCCAAAAUGGUGAAAGUUUACGCUCUUCUGGUACUCCACAAAGGUGUGAACAGUGGUACCAUCUUAAAGGCAGCAUAUGACUUGCAGAGCUUCAGUUUCUUCCAAAGAGGCUCUGUCCAAGAAUUCAUGACGUUUGUGAGCAAAACAAUGGUGGAGAGGACACAGCCUGCAUCACGACAGUCUGUUAAGGAAGGAGAGUACAUGCUGCAGGUAUAUGUCCGAGCCGACAAUUUGGCAGGAAUACUGAUAUCAGAUCAUGAGUACCCUAACAGAGUGGCACACACAUUGAUCACAAAGAUUCUUGAUGAGUUCACAGCCAGGGUGCCAGCUACUCUGUGGGCCACAGGUAAUGAGUCUACUAUUGAUUUCCCUGUGCUGCCAGAAUAUCUGGCCAGGUACCAGAACCCAAAAGAAGCUGAUGCUUUGACUAAAAUACAAAAUGAUCUGGAUGAAACAAAAAUUAUAUUACAUGAUACUAUAAAAGCUGUUUUAGAACGAGGCGAAAAACUGGACGACUUGGUGGCUAAAUCUGACAGUUUGUCAAUGCAUAGCAAAGCAUUUUACAAAACUGCUCGUAAGACCAAUAGCUGCUGCAACUUUUAAAUUGCAGGCGAAUUUUACUCUGGCCAUACAUAAUUGUUACUUAUCAAAGAUUUCUAAAUGUUUUGAGUGUCUGUAUUGGACAAGAUAUACUGAAAAUACUACAGUACUGGUGCUGUAGUUCUUAUUAUACCAAAAUAUAAUUUUCAGUAUUCUUGACCACUUAUACCAUAUAGAUCAAUGUACUUGAUGUGACUUGAAGCUUUUGAUGAAUUUAAUUAUUCUUAAUAGAAGUAGUAAUAACUAUUCUAAGACAUGUUCUUUAAGAACUAAAUACUAAAUGGACAAAGGACUUUUUUAGUUUGAGUUCUCUUUAGUUGAGAUUUUAAUUGGUUGCAAAUGUAUUAUUGUUUCUAUAUUACAUUAUAGUAUUCUGGUUCUAUAAAAGUACUUGAAACUUAAUUAAAUUGGCUAAACAUUUUAUUUUGUAUGUAAGAAAGAAUGAAUAUUGACUAGUGACUGAAAGAAGACUACAGUAUUGUAGGCGUUGUAUGUUCUAACUAUUUGCAGAGGUAAAAAUCGGUCAUUCUUUAUACAGCUUAAGUAGGUGUUAACCUGCCUGUUUUCAUUACUUUUUUGUAUUAUAAUUCCAAAUUAGAAUGACCGAAUUCUACUUUUAGCAAAUAGGUCAUGUUUAGACUGUAUUGAACAUCACAAGUUACGAUAAAAUGGACUGAUGUUAAAAUAAUGAUUGGAUGUUAUUCUAAUGUGGCCUAAAUUUGUAAAUAUUACAUUUACAUAAGGAGUAAGGAAUUUUGGGUAAAUUAAGGGCUGCUUGCACUAUGUGAAUAUGCUGUAAUUGAUUAAAGCUGUUACUUGGUAAUAUGCACAUAUAGAUUUCUUAUUUUUUAUUGGUCUAUUUUAUUAAUGCUGUAUAUUACUUAAUUUACUUGUGGUUGCAAGGGUAUUCAUUAUAUUUUUAUAUUGUACAUUAGUAUGCCUGUUUUUUAAUUUACCUGUAUGUUUGAGUAUCAUUUAAGUGACUGGCAUAAUGACUGUGGAAUUUAUUAUGCAAGCGAUUGUAUGAAUUGAUACAUUCCUUCACCGUACUAGUUGUUCCAUUGUUCAUUUAGUGAGUCGGUAUAACUAUACUACAAAGCGAUUAAUAGAAAAAACUCAUCAUAAGUACUGCUGACAUAAGAUUUGUGACAGUGAGAUAAUAUUUUCUGUAUCAAAUAUGCAAUUUUAUUGAAAUAGGCAUUACAUUUAUAAUUCUUCAUGAUUGUGUAAUGUAGUAUACAGUCAUACUCUAUAUUCUACAUAUCAACUAUGUAUGCAAUUUAUUUCAAUCUUAAUGUAAUGUUAUGUGAUAUUUCAACAUUUAUGUAUUUUUCAUAAAGAUACUGAUCAUAGUGCGUAGGCGUUGAUAUAUUAACUUAUCAGCAUUUGAAAGUCAAAUAUUUAGAAAUUCAUUAGUGAUUCACAAAGAUGUGCACAAUGUAUCAAUCUGUAGUAUAGAAAUACCAUCUAACUGGCAAGUAAUAUAUGCAAUUCUAAUAGGAAUCUUAAUGAUUGUUAGCACGUAAUUAUGGUGCCAAAUAUCUUGAGUGUUUCCCACCAUAAAUAGUACUAAUUUAAUUGUGAAUAAAAUUUUUCAUAUCAUUUUGAUAUGAUUGUGACCAAAUAUGACUAUAUCUGUUACUUGACAAAGACAAACUAACUUAGUAUGUUCCGUCGAUUUUAAUUAAUAUUUAUUCUCAAAUAUAAAUGGUACCAUUGUCCUAUAUUUAUUAGCAAAGUCAGUAUUUUAUGAGAAGGCUCAAAUUCCUGGCUAAUGUCAAUUCUUAUCUCAAAACGAAUCUUUUAUUUGGAGAUAAGGUCUGUCCAUUUAAUUAAGUCUUUGGUAAGAAGGGGUAAAGAUUGCAUUUGGGUUGGACGUCCUCUGCUUUCCCUGUAGACUGCGUAGUGUAUUUGGUGUUAUGCUUGAGUAGAUGUGUCUGCUUGGUGUUUAAUUGGCAUUGCUAUAUUGCGUCUCUUGACAAUAAAAUAGGCCUCACACCCAUUGUAGACUUUACCUCUUAUUGUAAAGACUGCACAAUCUGUGUUAACUUGUCAACGUUACUAUUUUAGACUUGUAGUAAUGUGAAUCACGCCGGCGUCAUUUUCCUAGGGCGAAUGAACUUCAUGUAAUUUAUUGUAAUCUAGGUAUCUGUAUUGGAACUUGAUAUUGAUAUUGUUGUAUACAUAUUCACAAUGCAAUGUGUUUAGUAAAUAAAUGGAUAUUUACUGUUA